AGCAUUCAGAGCAUUUAAGUAAUUCAGAAGAUGUAAUCAUCAAUAAAGAUACUUAUCAAAUUGAUAAAAGAAUACAAAGUUUAAAAGAACAAUUAGAAAAGCAAUAUAAUAAAAUGAUCGUUACUGAAUAUAAUAAAUAA